AUGUACCAUCUGUUAGGCGAGGAGGGCCAAGAACCCCACCUACUCAACCCUUUGAUCCCCACAAACCAAUAUGUUGAUCACCAAAACCAAGCUGUAGAGAAUGAGGCAGACAAGGCUUCUGACAAUGAUAUCUCUCUUGUUGUCACAGAAGCCCAAUCUAUUGCCAAAAUAUCCUUCCCCGUGGUGUUCACUUUGGUGUGCCUCUACAUGCGGUCGAUGGUGUCAAUGCUCUUCCUCGGCCGACUCGGCAGCCUUGCCCUGGCUGGCGGCUCCCUGUCCUUGGGGUUUGCCAACAUUACUGGCUACUCUGUUCUCUCUGGCCUAGCAAUGGGAAUGGAACCCAUCUGUGGCCAAGCCUUUGGUGCCAAGAAAUACUCCCUUCUCAGCGUUUCCCUGCAAAGGAGUGUGCUUUUGCUCAUCUCCACUUCGUUUCCAAUAGCUCUUAUAUGGAUUAACAUGAAGAAAAUUCUCCUCUUCUGUGGCCAAGAUGAGUCAAUAGCCAAAGAAGCCCAAGUAUAUAUUCUGUAUUCUCUUCCAGACCUCUUCGCUCAAUCUCUUCUCCACCCAUUGAAAAUCUAUCUCCAAACUCAAUCCAAAACCUUUCCUCUCCCAAUCUGUGCUGCUAUAUCAAUGAUUCUGCACGUACCCAUAAACUAUUUUCUUGUCUCAAAACUUAGUCUAGGGAUCAAAGGCGUGGCCCUUGGUGGGGUUUGGUUCAACUUCAAUUAUGCAGCUUCAUUGAUCAUUUACAUAUUGGUCUCUGGCAUAUACAAAGAAACAUGGAGAAGCUUUUCCUUCGAGUGCCUGAGAGGCUGGAAAUCUCUCUUGAAUUUGGCCAUCCCAAGCUGCUGUUCAGUAUGCUUGGAAUGGUGGUGGUACGAACUCAUCACCGUACUAAGUGGGUGGCUCGCCAACCCAACAGUCACCGUCGCUUCAAUGGGGAUCCUGAUCCAAACCACCUCUCUCAUCUACAGUUUCCCAUCUUCUCUAAGCUCCGGCGUAUCCACACGGGUCGGAAACGAGCUCGGUGCCGGCCGACCGGCGAGGGCAAAGUUGGCCGCCAUUAUAGGCCUCUGUUCCGGCUUCAUCGUGGGAUUUGUGGCUCUGGCUUUCGCCGUGAGUAUGAGGAAACUUUGGGCCACCUUCUUCACCGAUGACGAAGAAAUCAUAGCUCUAACGUCGCUUGUUCUGCCGAUACUCGGGAUCUGCGAGCUCGGAAACUGCCCGCAAACCGCCUGUUCCGGCGUUGUGAGAGGAACCGCUCGGCUGGGAGUCGGAGCAAAAAUAAACUUUGGUUGCUUCUACGUGAUCGGAUUGCCGGUGGCUAUAGGCUUAGGGUUCUUCACAGGGUUCGGUUUUGAAGGGCUGUGGCUCGGCCUCCUGGCUGCUCAGAGCUCGUGUGCCGUGGCCAUGGUGGUUGUUUUGGCCACAACUGAUUGGAAUUUUCAAGCCUUGAGAGCCCAAGAGCUGACUGCAAAUCAAAUCGUCGAUGAUGAAGAUGAAUCUUCUGGCGAUUUAGGUUAACCGUUUUCAAUUAUGUUUUUUUUUUUCUAUAUUUCUAGUUUGUGCAUUUUGCAUGUAAAUUGCAUGUAAAUGAAGGAGAGAAUGAAUGUGAUAUAUUGUAUUAUGAA